AUGAGAUUUCUCUGCCUACAUGGCAGGGGCACAUGCUCCCAGAUAUUUGAGAUACAAACUGGUAAGCCUUUCAGUACAGCAGCACAUUUGAAGGAAGAGCAAUGGAUAGUGCGGAAAAUACCAAAGAAAGGCCUGGGUUUUCUGACCUCCAUUUUAGCGGCAAUUCGAGAAGAGUUCACAGAUCACGAAUUCAUCUUUAUCGACGGAACUUUCCCUACAGAACAAAACAACGGUGUUACCAUCGUGACGGGCAGCUCUUAUGGAUUCCUUCCCGCCACUGUCAACAACUCAAGAGAGGUCCGUGAUGCUGUGGCGGCAUUAGCAGACUACGUGGAUCAUGAAGGUCCAUUUGAUGGCAUGAUGGGUUUCUCCGAGGGGGCAAUCAUGGCAGCGACACUACUUGUCGAGGAUGCCAAAAAUUCCGCUAUGGGGUUGAAAUGCGGAAUAUUUUUUAGUGGUGGAUUACCAUUGGAUCCGGAACUACUCCGCGGCGAGUGUGUGCGCUGUGUUGACCCACUCACCGAUGGAGUUGCGAUCCGCGUGCCUACGGCGAUUAUAGUGGAGGAAGAUCUUGGCCGUCUGAGUUGUCGCUCGCCCCUUUCAGGUUUAUGGGGCCAGGGGGAUAUCAGUCGGGGCUUAGUUGACAUAUGUGAGCCAUCUUUGCGUGAGGUGGUUCUGCAUAGUAUUGGUCAUCAAAUACCAUCAUUCAAGUCCCCAGAACUGAAUGCAAUUCUCAGAGCCAUGGAGAGGACAAUCGAUCGAGCUACAGAGUUAUAUAUCGAGUCUUGA